UAUUUACGAAAUCGCGGUAUAUGUUUUUAAAGGUUCAAAGUCUAAACCAGUGUGCACAUUUUGUGUUCUCCACCACCCAACAUGGCUUCAUUAAAAGUAAUGAAAGCUAUAAGGGUGUCUGAAUUUGGAGCUCCUUCUGUCCUCAAGCUCUGCUCAGAUCUACCUGUGCCCAGUCCAGGUGCCAGACAGGUACUGAUACGUGUGCACACCUGUGGAGUUAAUCCAGUGGAGACAUACAUUCGGUCUGGAUCAUACGCCCGGAAGCCCAGCCUGCCCUACACCCCCGGAUCUGAUGUGGCUGGUGUGGUGGAGGCUGUGGGAGAUGGAGUUUGCUUUUUGCAGACAGGCGAUCGAGUCUUCACCACCAGCACUGAGACCGGAGGAUACGCUGAAUACACCGUCGCCUCAGAAGCCACCGUGCACAGACUACCUGACUCUCUAGAUUACAAGCAGGGUGCCGCCAUCGGAAUCCCAUAUUUCACCGCCUACCGGGCUUUAAUUCAUAAGGCGCGAGCCAAAGCAGGAGAGACGGUUCUGAUUCAUGGAGCCAGUGGUGGGGUUGGAAUCGCAGCAUGUCAGCUGGCACGAGCUUUCGGCUUAAAGGUUCUGGGCACCGCCGGCACCCCUGAGGGUAUGAAGCUAGCGCUUGACAACGGCGCCCACAUGGCCUUCAACCACAAAGAACCAGACUACCUAGAUAAAAUCCAGGCUGCUACCGAUGGCCACGGUGUUCAUGUGAUUGUGGAGAUGCUGUCGAACGUAAACCUGAGCAAUGACCUGAAACUGCUGGCGUUCGGUGGCAGAGUGAUGAUUGUCGGAUGCAGGGGUCCAGUUGAGAUUAACCCCCGAGACAUCAUGACCAAAGAGUCCAGUGUUGUUGGCGUGGCUUUGUUCCAUGCUGCAAAGGAGGAGACGGCAGAGACGGCAGCCGCGUUGUUCGCCGGGAUGGAAGCUGGAUGGCUCAGACCUGUGGUUGGUGCAGAAUAUAAACUCGAUAAAGCAGCUCAAGCCCAUGAGGACAUCAUGAACAACCAUGGGGCUUCUGGGAAAAUGGUUCUGAUCGUGUAAAAAUAAAUAAAAUCCUGUACUCAAAUCAUACAA